GGGCCGCGGCAGCCGCCAUUUUCGCUGCUGUCGCGUUCGCGCCUUUGCUCCGCUUUUAAAGGGGCCGCGCCGCCUCUUUCCGGUUUUUCUAUUCCGUUUUCCGAGCGCCUCUGCGCCGUCCGGGUGGGCCCGAGCCCUCCCGCCAGACUCCGCCGCCGCCAUGAGGGAGAUCGUCCACAUCCAGGCGGGCCAAUGCGGCAACCAGAUCGGCGCCAAGUUCUGGGAGGUGAUCAGCGACGAGCAUGGCAUCGACCCCACGGGCACCUACCAUGGGGACAGCGACCUGCAGCUGGACCGCAUCAGUGUCUACUACAACGAGGCCACAGGGGGUAAGUACGUGCCCAGAGCCAUCCUGGUGGAUCUGGAGCCCGGCACGAUGGACUCUGUGCGCUCUGGCCCCUUCGGGCAGAUCUUCCGGCCAGACAACUUUGUCUUUGGACAAAGCGGCGCCGGCAACAACUGGGCCAAGGGUCACUACACGGAGGGCGCCGAGCUGGUGGACUCGGUGCUGGACGUAGUGCGCAAGGAGGCCGAGAGCUGCGACUGCCUGCAGGGCUUCCAGCUGACCCAUUCCCUGGGUGGCGGCACCGGCUCGGGCAUGGGCACGCUGCUCAUCUCCAAGAUCCGCGAGGAGUACCCCGACCGCAUCAUGAACACCUUCAGCGUGGUGCCGUCGCCCAAGGUGUCAGACACGGUGGUGGAGCCUUACAACGCCACGUUGUCGGUGCACCAGCUGGUGGAGAACACGGACGAGACGUACUGCAUUGACAACGAGGCGCUCUACGACAUCUGCUUCCGCACCCUCAAGCUGACCACGCCCACCUACGGUGACCUCAACCACCUGGUGUCGGCCACCAUGAGCGGCGUCACCACCUGCCUGCGCUUCCCGGGCCAGCUCAACGCCGAUCUGCGCAAGCUGGCCGUCAACAUGGUGCCCUUCCCGCGGCUGCACUUCUUCAUGCCGGGCUUCGCCCCACUCACCUCGCGCGGCAGCCAGCAGUAUCGCGCCCUCACCGUGCCCGAGCUCACCCAGCAGGUGUUCGACGCCAAGAACAUGAUGGCGGCGUGCGACCCGCGGCACGGCCGCUACCUCACCGUGGCCGCCGUCUUCCGUGGCCGCAUGUCCAUGAAGGAGGUGGACGAGCAGAUGCUGAAUGUGCAGAACAAGAACAGCUCCUACUUCGUGGAGUGGAUCCCCAACAACGUGAAGACGGCCGUGUGCGACAUCCCGCCCCGCGGCCUCAAGAUGGCCGUCACCUUCAUCGGCAACAGCACGGCCAUCCAGGAGCUCUUCAAGCGCAUCUCGGAGCAGUUCACGGCCAUGUUCCGGCGCAAGGCCUUCCUGCACUGGUACACGGGCGAGGGCAUGGACGAGAUGGAGUUCACCGAGGCCGAGAGCAACAUGAACGACCUCGUGUCCGAGUACCAGCAGUACCAGGAUGCCACGGCCGAGGAAGAGGAGGAUUUUGGCGAGGAGGCCGAAGAGGAGGCCUGAGGGGCUUGUCCAGAGUCCCUCCCCUUCCCGGUGUGUUGUCCCAGAGAGGCGUCAACUGGUGGGCGGCGCCUUCGGUGUCAUUGUCCUUCAUCAUCAUUGUCAUUGUCAGCGUUGGCCUUGGUCAUUGGCAGCAGAGUCCCCACCCAGCCUUCAGCGUUUUCUUCUACCUUGAUCAUCGUCAUUCUGGAAGAGUCCCAGCCUUCAGCGUUGUACUCAUGGUCCCCAGUUUUCAUUGUCUUCGAAGAGUUUCCAUACUUUGUCAUCAUCACCGGCGUUUAUCAUCCUUCAAGAGUCUCCAAUCUUGAUCAUGGUCAGAGUUCCCAGAUUCCAUCAUCUUUGUCCUCAAAGACCUCCUGACCUUCAUCAGUAUUGAAAAGUCCCCAGCCUUCAUCAUUGAAGAGUCUCCAAUCUUGAUCAUGGUCAGAGCUUCCAACUUCUGUCAUUGUUGAAGAAUCCCCAAGGUUUGUCAUUGUCAAGGGGUCUCCAACCUUCAUCAUCCUCGAAGAGUCCCCAGAGAUCAUCAUCAUCACAAUGCAAGGGUCCUUGGCCUUCAUCUUCUUCGUCACAGAGUGUCCAGGAGCUCCCAGCCUUCAUUGUGGUCCUUGAAGAGUCUUUGAUCCUUGGCAUCAUCCUCAGCUUUUGGUCUUCAUCGGGGCUGGGCAGUUGGCCUUGACCUUCAUCAUCAUCAUCAUCAUGACGGAAGAGCUUCAAAGAGUCCUUGGUCUUCAUCAUGGUCCGUGAAAAACCCAUGACCUUCAUCAUCAUCAUGGAGGAGCCUUCAAGAGUUUCUGACCUUCACCCUCAUCCUGGAAGAGUUGCUGACCUUCAUCAUCAUCAUGGAAGAGCUCUCGGCUUUCGUCGUGGUUGGGCCUUGACCAUCAUCAUCGUGGAAGAGCCCUCGACCUUCAUCAGGGUUGGUCACUUGGCCUUGACCUUCAUCAUCCUCCUCAUGGAAGAGCCUCCAAGAGUUGUUGACCUUCGGCCUCAUCCUGAAAGAGCCCCAACCUCCAUCAUCGUCAUUGUCACCUUCACCCCUUCCCUGCUGCCACCUUGGCCUCCUGUCCCCUCCUCUGCCCCUCUCUGCCUGCAUUUCCCCAUUUUGGAUCAUUUUUCCUUUUUUUUUUCCAUUUUUCCCAAUUUUUGUUCAUGUCCCCCCCAUUUUUGUCCAUUCUCCCCAGAUUUUUAUCACUUUCUCCUUAUUUUUUGUUCCUUUUCCCCAAUUUUGGUUCAUUUUUCCCCAUUUUUGGUUCAUGUUCCUCCUUUUUUACCCCCUCUUUAGGUCUCUCCUCAUUCUCAAUCAUUUUUCCUCAUUUUUGUUCAGUUUUCCCCACUUUUGGUCAAUUUUGCUGGGUUUUCUCCCAUUUUUGGUCGCUCUCAGCCCAACUCUGUUUUUUUCCCACAACUUUUAGUUGACUUUUCCCAAUUUUUGGUUCAUUUUUCUCUAAUUCUGCAAGCUCAUUUUUUACCCAUUUUUCCUCAUUUUGGGUUCAUAUUUCUCAAUUUUGUCCAUUUUUUCCAAUUUUUGUCCUGUUUUCCCCAAUUUUUGUCCGUUUUUCCCGAUUUCCCUGUGUUUCUCCCUGAUUUCCAUUGCCGUCUCCGGUCGCUCUUUCCGUUUUUGGAUGUUUUUGUUGUUUUUGGUUUUUUUCCCGUUUCUUUCGUUUUUCAUAUUGAAAAGUCGCCCCCGGGUCCGGAAUAAACUCGGGAUGGAAAAGCCA